GCCUCUUAACUCCUGGUGCACCUCUCACCCGCACACUGCGGCUAAGGAGCAAUAAGCAAUUGGAAUACUUGCAGGAUGGGUGACGAUGCAGUGAGAAAGAAAAAUAGAUGUGGGACUGGGAUGGAAAGCUGCAGGGUGGAUGAGGACAGGCAUUUAGCCCAGAUCUGUUUCUUUAAAUUCUUCAGCUGGAAGAAUGGGACGUAUCCAAUGAACAAGAUCCAACUGUGACAGGUGCGUUCUGUGGCAAUAACGCAACACGGACUGUAAAGGAUACUUUCUCCACCCACACAGCAUUGUAUCCUAAGCACAGAUAUGUCCUCUUCAUAUCAGAUCAACAACAGAGAGGACCAGACCGCUGCAUCCUGCACCUCUCCUGAGAAACGGGCUCUCACACUGCGGGGAUCACAGUGGACGCAGCCUGCAUUGGUUCCGGAAAACAAAUUAAUCCUGAGGCUUCCACUAGAACAGCUAAGGAUCAGAAAGGGGCUACGGGGGUCCCCUGGGAUGUAGAGACAAAACAGCCAAUACAAGUAGAGUCUGCCAACAAGAUUAGAGACCAGAUAAGACUCCAUCUGAGUCAUUUCCUAGACUGAGUGUAUGAAUCCUGCUUCUAACAUUGCGAAUAAUGAAGGGGAGGAAAAGCAAAGAAAGGAUACAGCUUCGGCUACAGGGGCAAACAGCUCUAACAAUACAACAAGCAACAAUGAUGGAUGUCCUGGGAAAGACAGCAACCAGCCUCCAGAUGCCCCGCGAAUGAAAUCCAAUCUAAAACUGGUAACUGCAAACAAUGUGGGCUUCUUGGAAACAGACAGAGAUCUACUGAGUCCUGGGGUUUUGGGGAGAGAACCACAAAGCCCAGUGGUCAUCAUUGGAGAAGAUGUUUUUCAAAUAAUAGAUGACUGCCCCCCUCCUCCUGCUCCGUUCCCUCAUCGCUUUGUGACUCUCACAACUGGAAAUAUAAAUGAUCUGUAUGAACUGAAUAUGGAUGACAUACUUGGAGGGGGCCGGUUUGGAGAAGUCCAUGUCUGCAAAGAAAAGUCAAGCGGCCUUCAGCUUGUGGCUAAAGUCAUGAAGUUAGAGAACGAACGAGAUAGGGAGAUGGCUCUGAAUGAGGUGAAUGUAAUGAAUGAGUUGGAUCACCCUAAUCUCAUCCAGAUGUUUGAUGCGGUGGAGACACCCAAUGAGAUCUUCCUCUUGCUGGAAUAUGUGGGGGGAGGAGAGCUGUUUGCGAAGAUUAUUGAUGAGAAUUACCAGCUGAUGGAAGUGGACGCCAUGGUGUUUGUGCGACAGAUCUGUGAAGGUAUCUUCUACAUGCACCAGAUGUAUGUACUGCACCUGGAUCUAAAGCCUGAAAACAUAGUCUGUGUAUCGCCCAUCAGCCACAUGGUGAAAAUCAUAGACUUUGGCCUUGCCCGAAGGUAUAAGCCACAGAACAAACUGAAAGUUUCUUUUGGGACCCCUGAAUUUCUAUCACCAGAAGUCAUCAAUUUUGAUUAUAUUUCUUUCCCAACGGACAUGUGGAGUGUUGGUGUCAUCACAUACAUGAUGGUAAGUGGAUUGUCCCCCUUUCUGGGCGAAAAUGACACAGAGACUCUGAAUAAUGUACUGACUGGCAAAACAGACUUUGAUGAAGAACCUUUUGAGCAGGUUUCAGAAGAAGCCAAAGACUUUAUAUCCAAUCUGGUGGUUAGAGACAAGAGUGGGCGCAUGAGUGCUGCUCAGUGUCUGAAACAUCCCUGGCUCAAUGACCUUGCGAGGAAGGCCAAACUUUGCAACCGACUCUUGAAAUCACAGAUUGAGCUGCGCAAAUACAUGAUGAGGAGACGCUGGAAGAAGAACGUAUUUGCCGUUACCGCAGCAAACAGAUUUUUGAAGAUCAGUAGUUCCAGCUGUCUGACAGCUCUGGCUGAAUGAGGCGCACAUAUGCAAUGGAGAUAACCCAUGAUAUUGUGACAGAUCCCUUGCCUCGUUUGUAUCUCCAGUGUCUGGACAUGCUUUAAGGAUUGCAUAUAUGAAUAUUGUUAAAUUAACAUUGGAAGAGGAUUGCUCUGCUUAUUUUACUCCUAGAUAACCUUGAUUGGCCUGUCACAUUAUGAAGCUGUUCUUAAAAAAUACCUCACAAAAUCCCCCUUUAUGUCCUCCUGCUGAUUGUGACAUUGUAAAAACAUUCUAUGGCAUUUAUAUUCCUCGUUGGACAGGUAUUGGUCCUCUAGAUAGUCUCUGGCUUGUCUGACGUCAGUAAGUUAACAAGCUGAAUCAUAAAUGUCAUCCACGUUUACAGACCUUACAUGUAGUUUGGGAAGUAAUACCAACAAGCAUCUUAAUGGUUGGAUUGAUUGGGCAUGUCUAAACACUUGUAACCUUUUCAAUGAGACAUCCAUAAGUGUUUCAUGUGGCUAGUAUACAAAAGGUGACAGAGGGAGUUAUUUACAAAAAUUAAAAAAUGAUCAGUAACCAAGGCAGCCAACCUCACAUUUACAAUCACUAUCCAAUUUGCAAUCAGUAGGUCAGAGCUAAUUGCUGUUUGAUCACUGCGAGUUAUUAUAUAUAUAUAUAUAUAUAUAUAUAUAUGCACUUUGUAAGUAUAUAACCGCCAUAUGCACUUAUUGAUAAAUGGUAGUAUGUGCCCAAAAGUGUAAGCAACAGAUCAGAGUUCCACUUUUUUUUUUUAACACUGCUGGAAAAAUGGGAAGAAUUUGAUUCAUUGCUCUGCAUUACAGCAUACUGGGCACAUAGCGCUAUUCUUGUAAGCCAUAGUUUUUAUAAAGGACAUAAAUGGUAUCAGAAUGUAAUGAACCUCAGUUCAAUUAAGCCAUAGUUUUUUAAAGGAUUUCCCAUGAAUAUGUGGGACACAAGUGGUAUCCGAAUGUAAUGAACCUCAGUUGAUAGUUUUAAUUAUUACUUUAAAACAAGCCAAUUUGAUGACAUUUAGAGAAUAAAUGGAAAAUAUCAAACAA